GAAGGACUUCUCUUGACACCUUCGAGCCCGUUGAGUGGCUCUUGAUGUGGAUUUUGACAAUUCUUGGCUUGGGGGCACUAUUGAUCACCAUGGCCCAUACCAAGAGAACGAGCCCUGAGUCCCCAUCACCCAUGGGCACUAGCUCAUGCAAAAGGAACGUGGAGGGCCUGAGUAGUGGAGAUCGAGAGGAGAGAAGGACAAAAGUUGUGACACCCCAAAAAUCCGGGGGUCCGUUGAUUACUCAUCAACCCGCGGAAUGCCCGUGGAUACCAAGUAACUCGAUAUCUCAACGUUAUGCCCCAUUUACUAGGGUCCAUCCUUUAUUAAAAAUUUAG